CCCUCCUAGAGUUCACAUCCUGGAAAAGCAGAAAAUAUUCCGGAAAGCAGACCAAACUGUGAAGUAAAAAUUUCGACGUAAUUUUUGUCAAGAGAACUCAACCCGAAAAUAUGGCAAUCCCGUUCUACGAAGAUGAGCACGUCUCCAAGUCUGAACCAAGUGGCGACCAGGUUGAUAGCCCCAUGGCGUAUGCUAUCGAUCCUGGACACGAUCAAGUGGACUUCGAAGGACCUCCCGCACCUCCUGCAGAGGAGACAGCCCCCGCAACAGGAGCAACAAGUGAACCGGUGGCGCCUGCUGCCGCGCCGAGUGCCGAGGAACAACUACUGGCCUGGAAAAUCCUGGCACUCACCAUGUGCAAGGUCCUAAAGCAGUUCUACCAACAGCACAAGCAGCAGGCGGGAAAAUCCAGUAAAUUAAGUGCCACCGUUCAAAUCCAGCCGCAGGCGCAGUAAAAAUGUAAAUCAAAUAGGACGAGGCACCAACUAAAGCUCCUAAAAGCGCAACUUGUGAUUACUUUACGUUGGUGAGAACUAGCGCAGCCCCCCCAAAAAUCCCUAGAGGAGAGAUCGGAGAAUGAGAGAGAGAGCGAGACAGUGACAGAGAAAUGUGAAUCAAUUUCCCAAGGAAAAACCCAUAAAAAUGAAUAUUUUUUUAUACUCGUACUUUCUUUGAUGGAAAUUAUUCCCGCCCAUUGUAUCUUUAUUGCCGUCGCGACUUUUAACUUUAAACACUUUGGAUAAGCGCAAAUGUGAUAAAUGAUUUUGCUAAAAAUAUUUCCUGCCCAAAAUAUUUUUGUACUAAAAUUAUUUAAGUUAAUCGAACUAAUUUAACUAAUUCAGUUAGGUUCACUAAGAAGGUCGGCCCAGUGCAAGAGUAAUGAACAGAGCAAGCCCACAAAUUCUGGAAUUAUAUAUACAAACAAAAUUUUGAAAGCAGCAGCUAGUUUUCAAAACGAAACCAACGUAGUUAAUAAGCCAAUCUUUUCUAUAUACUAUAAAUAUCUACAAGUAGUUACGAUGACUUUUUACAAACAACUCUCUUGGUGUCUAUUUUAAUGGGGAUACAAUUUUCAACUUCCUAGGUAGAAUGCUUUUUCGAUAUUAGCUAAUAAUUACGGGAAUAUAUUUUUCAAAAUACAAAAAUAUAUAUUUUUAUAUUUACUUUGCUCUAGAACUGUAAGUCGUGUGUGUGUCAAUUUAGUUGAUAAAUUAUUAUAUAAGCAAUAUAUGUCUAGAAAGUCAAGAUUAUAUGAAGUAAAGAUGCAUUUUCGCAUCACGAGCAUAAACAUAGUACAAGUUCAAAAGUAGAAAUAUUUACAUCCGUAAUUAACCCAAGAAAUAAAAUAAACUACAAUACUG